GUACCUUUGAGACAAACCUUUGCAACUGGAACAAUGUUGAUGGCGCAAAAGAUUGGACUCGGGAUUCUUCUGGCACUCCAAGCAGUGGAACAGGUCCAUCCUCUGCUCAUCAAGGCUCUCACUACAUCUAUACAGAGGCCAGCGGCGGCAACCACAACAAGGACUUUAUCUUGGAAUCUGGGCACUUUGUAGUGACAACUGCGCUGAAACUGCAGUUUUACUACCACAUGAAGGGCACGAGCAUGGGUGACUUGACCGUGUCGUGCAUGAGCACUGGUGCAUCGGACUGGCAGCCGCUCUUCACGGUCUCCGGGUCUCAAGGUGAUUCGUGGCGACAAGCUGAAGUGGUGCUACCGAUGGACUGCGAGUCGGUUCAACUGAAGGGCCACACAGGUCCGAGCCGUUUGCAAGUGUUGCAAUUUCUUGACCAUCUCGCUUGA